UCACUCUUUUCUCUCUAUAAAUAUAUUCAAAUUACUCCCCACAUCUUAACAUUCAAUCUCAAUCCAAUACACCCUUAAAAAAAUAAGGAAAAAAAAGAAAAGAAGAGGUUUGAAAAUUGUAUUAACACUAUGCCUGCAGGAGCAUUUUCGGUGGCUCCGUCCGGAGUCGAAUUCGAGGCCAAGAUAACUCCUGUGGUUAUAGUUUCCUGUAUAAUGGCAGCCACUGGAGGACUAAUGUUCGGCUAUGAUAUUGGAGUUUCAGGGGGAGUGACGUCGAUGCCUUCGUUCUUAAAGGAGUUUUUCCCAGUCGUGUACGAGAGAACUCAACAGCAUGUAGCGGAUGACAGCAAUUACUGUAAAUACGACAAUGAAAACUUACAGUUGUUCACAUCUUCUCUUUAUCUCGCGGCGUUAACAGCCACAUUCUUCGCUUCUUACACCACCAGAGUCCUCGGUCGGAAACACACCAUGCUCAUCGCCGGAGUUUUCUUCAUUAUCGGAACCAUUUUGAACGCCGCUGCCGUUAACCUCUUCAUGCUCAUUCUUGGAAGAAUCUCUUUGGGUUGUGGAGUUGGAUUUGCCAACCAGGCGGUGCCAUUGUUCUUAUCGGAGAUAGCGCCGACGAGAAUUCGUGGAGCUUUAAAUAUAUUGUUUCAAUUCGAUGUUACCGUUGGGAUUUUGUUUGCAAACCUUAUCAACUACGGCACAUCCAAAAUUGAAGGAGGAUGGGGAUGGAGGGUAUCACUAGCAUUGGCUGGCAUUCCUGCAUUGCUAUUGACUCUUGGAGCAAUGUUGGUAGAUGAUACUCCAAAUAGUUUGAUUGAACGUGGACAUUUAGAGAAAGGAAAAGCAGUGUUGAAAAAAAUUAGAGGAACAGAAAAUGUUGAGCCAGAGUAUUUGGAGAUCUUGGAAGCAAGCCGCAUUGCUCAAGAAGUGAAACAUCCUUUCAGAAACCUCCUCAUGCGCAAGAAUCGCCCACCCUUAGUCAUUGCCGUAAUGUUGCAGAUCUUCCAACAAUUCACUGGCAUCAACGCAAUUAUGUUCUACGCUCCAGUUUUAUUCAACACGUUAGGCUUCGGCAACGAUGCGUCUCUUUACUCUUCUGUGAUAACAGGCGCCGUCAAUGUCCUUUCUACAUUGGUGUCGAUUUACUCUGUCGACAAGAUCGGGCGACGAAUGCUGUUGUUAGAAGCUGGAGUUCAAAUGUUCAUUUCGCAAAUGAUUAUCGCGGUGGUGUUAGGUGUAAAACUCCAAGACAACACGAACAACAUGUCGCACGGGUUGGCAAUUGUGGUAGUGUUGAUGGUGUGCACUUUCGUUUCGUCUUUCGCAUGGUCUUUUGGUCCACUUGGAUGGUUGAUUCCGAGUGAGACAUUUCCAUUGGAGACGCGAUCGGCUGGACAGAGUGUGACAGUUUGUGUGAAUAUGAUAUUCACAUUUGUGAUAGCGCAAUCUUUUCUGUCGAUGUUGUGCCAUAUGAAGUUUGGGAUUUUCUUGUUCUUCUCUGCUUGGGUGUUGAUAAUGUCGUUGUUCGUGAUGUUUUUGCUGCCAGAAACUAAAGGGAUUCCAAUUGAAGAAAUGACUGAGAAAGUUUGGAAGCAACAUUGGUUUUGGAAGAGAUAUAUGGAUGAUGUGCCUGAGAAAGGAAAGGCUUCAGCUUGAUUUAUUUAGUUUUCGUUCUUUUUUUUAUAAAAAAAUUAAUUCUUGCAGUUUUAUUUUACAUAUGUUUGUUUUCUCUUGCCUUUCAUUUUGUUGGCCAAUUAUGGUUGUGGGGUGAGAUCAUAGAAUUGAGAAAAUUAUUGAAAGCG